AUAAAUGUUGACGUAGUGAGAGUGGAGUCAGUGUGACACAGUCAGCCGCUGGAGCCUGUCUCAGUCGAAGAUGCUGCCAAUGUUGGGUCACGUGACCCUUCUAUUGCUGGGCACGGUGCUUUACAUUGGACCAGCCUCUACAAGUCAGCUGACCGUGAAAUCCUUUCUGGUUCGCUCUCACAUCCGUUACCGGUUUUCCACCACUGAAGUCGCAAGCACCGUCAUCAACGACGAUGCAACAGCGAGCCGUGAGGCUAUGUUUGAAGUCCUAUUACCGGAAGAAGCGUUCAUCUCUAACUUCUCCAUGACUGUGGAUGGAGAGGUGUAUGUGGGUCGCGUGGAGGAGAAAGAAAAAGCCUUGAAAUCCUACCAACAGGCUAAGAGCCGCGGGGAGAGUGCAGGCUAUAUCAAGACUGCAAGACAAUCCAACAAGUUUGACGUGUCCGUAAACUUAAAGCCUGGAAGUAGUGUGACCUUCAAUCUGACCUAUCAACAGCUGUUGCCGCGUCAGCAGGGGAUGUAUGAACAAAGAAUACACCUAAACCCGGGUCAGGUGGUGCGUGAGGUAAAAGUUGAGGUCUUCAUCGAAGAUAGCCGCGUCAUCACGACUGCCAAAGCGGAGUUUCCAGCUGAAGAAAACAGUAGUUUGAUGGGGGAGAUAACUGUGUCACAGACGUCCCCAAGUCCAAACAGCCGAUACAUCGUUUUCAACCCGUCAUUUGACCAGCAGAAACGUCUCGGCGAAAAGGGGAUCAACAGGAAAAUGCUGAUCAAGUAUGACGUGGACAGAGAUCACUCUGCUGGGGAAGUUUUGGUAGUUGACGGGUACUUCAUUCAUUUCUUUGCCCCCGAGAACGCCGGAGACCACAUCACCACGGUCCCCAAGGACAUACUGUUUGUCCUUGAUAUCAGCGGAUCAAUGUCAGGAACCAAGAUUGACCAACUGAAGGAAGCAAUGACCUCCAUUCUUAAAGAGCUGAGCAAAAACGACAGAUUCAACAUUUUUCUGUUUGAUGAUACACUUAGGAAGUGGCGGUCGUCGCUUGUCCCCGUUGAGUCAAGGACCAUCAGUGAAGCGCUUGAUUAUGUCAGUCGGCUUCGAGCGGAGGACUCAACUGACCUCAACAUGGCCUUGACUAAGGGCGUUUCCUUCAUGGUGGAGGAAAGAAACAAAGAGCACACGUCUCUGAUGUUCUUCCUCACAGAUGGUCAGCCAACUGUUGGCGUAAAAGAUCCCUCAUCCAUUGCUAGGAAUGUCGAACGCCUCAAUGAGGAUGUUGUGUCUCUGUUCGGGCUGGCGUUUGGUGAUGGAGCUGAUUAUGGCAUGCUGAAGGUAGUCUCCGCCCAGAACUGUGGCUUUGCUAGGAGAAUAUAUGAAGGUGCUGACGCAGCUGAUCAGGUAGAGGGAUUCUAUGAUGAAAUUUCCACAACUGUGUUUCGGAACUUGAAAGUCAAAUACAUCAACGGCACAGUCGAUCCCGACUCACUGACGACGACGACCUUCACGAACGUUUACCGCGGCAACGACGUGGUCGUGGCCGGUAGGAUGACUGACACUAUCAACACAAUUAUCGGUGGUAUAUUGACAGCAGAAACUGGCGGGAAAAAGUUGAAUAUUGUUCUGGAUAACAAUAGCAUAAUGAACCCUGUGCCAUUGGCAGACAACACCUAUUUUUCUCUUCCCAUGGAUUUGACGUCAGUGAUUGAGAGGAGCUGGGCCUACCUGAGGAUAAAGAGCCUUCUGCUGCAGAAGCGAAAGGACGAGUACAAGAAAGAGAAGACUGACCUUGAUCAGAAGAUAACGGAGUUAGCACUCAAAUACAAUUUUGUCACUCCUUUGACGUCAAUGGUGGCAACGAAACCAGAGCAAGAGGCAACAAAGACGAACAUCCGCGGUGACGAAUACCAACAGACGAAUCCCAGUAGGAAUCGAAAUCAAAAUGCACACUACCACCGACAAAGUGUACCUCGCUAUAACUCCAUGGUGAGUCGGAAGACCUUCAACCCUGUUGCUCAUGGAGUGCAGUCUCAACCGCAACUCUUUGAUGACGCGGCAUUGUAUCAUGUAGGGAUACAAGCCAGACAAAGAUCCUCAGGUGGAGCUUUUAUGACACCAAAACGUUCCCGCCCAAGUAGAAUAAGGGGUACUUCAGGACGCAGGUCCAAAUCACGACCUCGAACUAAGUAUGGCGGUAUUCCUAUGUCAAUACCGACCUCAGACUUGGGGAGCCACCGACGUUUACACCGACUUUGCACCGACGUUUGCACUGACGUUUGCACCAGUGUUUGCCUCAACGACUGCCUCGACGACUGACUUGGCGACUUCUUCGACAACUGCCUCGACGAAUGACUGGGCAACUUCUUCGGCGACUGCCCCGACGACUGCUCCGACGACUGUUCGUAUGACUGGCCGGAAGACUGGCAAGGGCAAGCGAAAGAAGCCGCGAAGAAAGCCACACAA